GCUACAUACGGCUGCGCAUCUGAUCUGCGCAGAUGACGCCAUCGUUUCAUUGAGUCGGGAGUGCAUAUAAGUUUUUUAUUUUUUUUCAAGACAGAUAAACCAACAAACGUUUUAAUUAGUUUAUCUGUGACCAACAAACGAUUGCGCAUCGAUUAAGCCGCAAAUGGUAAAAAAAUAAGUUUCGUCCGGCUAACUUUCCACACAAUUUUCUUUUAUUUAAAAAAAAAGUAUUAGCCAACAAACCUUUUAAUUAGGCCAACAAUGACCAACAAACGAUUCGUAAAGUCAAAAAUUAAAAAAGUAAAAGUUGCCCGGCUAACUUCUCGGAGGUCUUUUUCUUCUUUUAAAUAAAAAGAAUAGAAAGUUUUGUAGCAUUCGCAGUGCUAACUGGACUACAGCCAGAGGCUUACUUUCUUUAAUUUCUUCAAAAAAUGUAUCGAAGUAAUUUGCACACUUAAUAAAAACUAAUGUUUUAUCUAGUCUUGCAUUUUUCUUUUUUCAAUAAUUUAAUAAUUAUUAUAUUAUAAAUAUUACAAGUCAUUUUUUCUUCUUUUUCAAAUAUGUCUUUUGUUUAUGAAAACUAAUCCAUUAUUUUUAUAAAACACGAACAGAUAUAUAUAUUUUUUCUUUUUGUAAAGUCUCUAAACUUCGUAAAUAAGCGAAAGAGGAAACGAACAACUAACUUCCGGCUUAGCGGUCACAUGAUUGGGCGAGAUUCAAUUGUUACAACCGCCUUUGAACAUUUAUGCUGUUCUCAGCCUCUCAGUGAUACUCCAGUCUAUAAAUUGAUAAUAUAAACAAAUUAUUUUUCAGUUGAUAUGAAGAAAUAAUUAAUUUAUAUAAUACCUAAUUUAUAAUCUUAUUCUGCUUGUUCUGCUUUUGAAUUCUAUAAACAUUUUUUAUUUGAGAAAUAUGGCAUCCACAGCGAGAUUUCAUGUGUGUGUCGAGGAAUCUUCAAAACAUCUUAGUGAUACGUAUCUCCAUGAUUUGCAAAUGUAUCAAAAUGUUCCGUUUGGUGACGUAAUGCUUGAAGAACUACAAGAAAUGAGCGAGACACGGCUUAAAGUUCUCGCCUUGGUGGAACGUAUACACCUGCGGAAAUCAACGAUGUCUAUAUCACAACGCAGAGCCGCCUUGGUCGAAGAAUUGCGCAAGGAAGAAAUGAAUGAAUUUGCGAGAUUGAUCAGUAGUCCUGGAUGUAAAUCGCAUACAAGUACAGACAUACGUACCAGAAAAAGGGAUCACGUAUCUCACUUUGUAUUGAGAUCCGCAGUCGCCUUCAACAAACGGAAAAAGCAGUGGUUUUUUAAGCAAGAAGCGAGGUUGUUUAAGUGGAGGUUUUCUUCGCUAGAUAAUGAAGGAAUUUGGCAGUUUAUGCGCAUUAAUAAUUUUCGUUUCACGCCUAUCAGUCAAGAUGAGAAAAUGGACAUCAAGGGGUAUCUUAAAACGUGUUCUCCACAGAUUAGCGACAUUGAUAGCACACAGUUCUACAAAGUACCGUUCUCCAACGUGAUCAGUCUCGUCAAGAAGCGUAAAGUUUUCAUUAUGCACGGUGAAGCGUUUGUACCUGCAGAAGAAAUGGUGUACUUAUUUGUGUCGUACUUUAGGAGAAUUCUAAUAUCAGGUUUCGAAUUUGCUCGUGAAGCUCGGGCCAAAUUAUACAAUGACGAAAGAUUCACUCACAUCUUUGCUAAUUUAGAAAAUAGCAUUCAUAUGGAAAAUACUGUAUUGGUACACGAACGAGACAUACAAGAGUAUAUUUCCCUUAAUCGAUUGGACGAGCUUUCAGAAACCUCUUAUCCUCUCUGUAUGCAAGUGCUUCACAAGGCACUGAGAAAGACUCAUCACCUCACUCAUGGUGGUAGAAUUCAGUAUGGUUUGUUCCUGAAGGGCAUAGGGAUUCCCUUAUCCGAUGCAAUGGACUUCUGGAAAAACGAAUUUACAAAGAUAAUGGACGAAGCUGCAUUUAACAAAGAGCACAGCUAUCAAAUCAGAUUUGCCUUUGGAUGGGAAGGCAGUCGGCGAGAUUAUCAGCCAUAUGCGUGCGUGAAAAUUGUGCAGUCAAUUGUUGGACCCAGGGAUUAUCACGGAUGUCCCUUUAAACACAUGCUGCAUAAUGUACUUGAAGAGGAACUUGUUGAUUGCGGCUUCAAUGCAUUAGAGAGAUCAGCUAUAAUGGAUCUGUCGAAGAGUGGGCAAUACAAUGCAGCAUGUAACAAGUACUAUGAACUUAAACAUGGUUGUUUUAACGACACCCUGUUCAAACAUCCAAACAUAUAUUUUAAUGAGAGCAUGAAACGUCGUAUUACGGAUACUUAUCAUGAUCCAGAAAUAGAAGAUGGAUAUUAAAUAUUAUACAAAACUUGGACGCAACAUCUGGAAAACAAUAAAUUGCUUAGAUUAUUGCAAGUUAUGUUUAAAAUGAUUAGCAGAAUGCGAAUAACAUUUUUUAUUAUCGAUUUCUGUAAAUAAUGUAUGAACGAUAAUUUAUUAUAUCAUUUAUAUUGCACAAAAAGGUAAAAAGUUACUUUUAACUUUACAAUUUAUUUAAUCAUAGUAAUUUUAGUUUAUUUAAUUAUAGUAAUUUUAGUUUCCAUGUUUAAAUUAAAUCCGCGAAGCAAUGUAAGAUAUUACGAGAUAAUGUAUAUCGCGCGCGAUGUUAGAUGUAUGUUACAAUACUUUUGUUACCUGAAAUAUAUUUUAAUUUCAUUUAC